UUCAUGGAGUAGCACGGAUUUCAAUCUCGCUCCGUAAAAUCCGAAGUAUCACCAAGGAAAAAUCGUCUUAAAUCUCUGCUAAAUCGUUGCCAUCCGUCAAAAUCUAGUAAAUCUGCUACUAGUUCAUGCUCUCUGUCAACUUUGAGCGCAAAUAUGCCUCCUAAAAGAGAGAAAAAACAGCAAAGUGUGUCUGAAUCAACAAUUUCUCCUGAAGCUGCAUGUGCAGAACCAACUGUAGCACAUACUAUCGCUGUUGACGACAAGUCAACCACGCCCGCAGGAAACUCCCUACUAGCUGCACUACGAAGUGAAAUUCGUGAUAUGAAGUCCGGGAUUGAGGGUAAACUUGAUCUUGUAAUUUCUAACCAACAUUCCCUCCUACACCGGAUAGACGAAAUUGAAUCUCGUCACACAGAAAUUGAGAAAUCUGUCUCAUACACGUCGGAGGCCAUCGAAGACGUCAGAGCAGCAAGUACAAAUCAACAAUCCAAGCUGACAAAACUAACAUCGGAACUUGACGUUGCCGAAAGUAAAAUCACUCGACUUGAGGAGACCGCCAUUAGACUCGAACGCUAUUCCAGGAGCUACAACCUGCGGUUUGGGGGGAUUGCUGAACUUCCCAAUGAACGCGCUGACUACCCCUACGAAAAGAUCAAACAAAUCCUGAAGGAGAAGUGUGACAUGGAGCCAGAAAUAGAAAAUGCGCACCGCUCUGGUCGUCCAACCCAAGGCAAGACCCGCCACAUCCUAGCGAAAUUUAUGUAUCGUCCAGAACGUCAAGCGGUUCUCCUUAAAGCCAAGGCAGCCCUGUCCGGGUGUGGCAUAUAUUUGAUCGAAGAUCUUCCUGCGGCCGACCUCAUCAAGAAGAAGAGCCUAAAGGAGAUAAUGCACAAGGCGUACGUGGCUGGGAAGAAACCGAUCUUCCGAAAUGGGCAGUUAUACAUCAACGGCCAAAGAUUCACUCCAGAUCUCCAGCCCGCCCCCAGGACUGAUUGACGUGGAUACAUUAUUCAGAAGUACUUGGUGUAGUAUUUAUGAUAUUAAUUUAACCUAAAUACGGAGCGUGAUUGAUGCUGUGUCCUUCAUGGGUACUAGUGUCCUCUCUUGUUUGUGUAGUUUUUUUGUUUUUUUUCUGUCCAGUUUAAGUUGUCUGUUGCUUGUUCAUAUAGUAACGUUUUUGAUGUUUUGUGUUUCCCUGUAAAACUGUUAAACAAUGCCAAUCAGAUUUCCAUGUAAUGUUUGUAGUAACCCAGUAAGGAAAAAUCAACGUGCCAUAUUUUGUGAUUGUUGUAAAUAUUGGAUUCACCUAAACUGUACGGAACUAACAAUUGCUGAUUAUGCUAUCUUACCUGAUAAAGAUGAUCCAUGGUUCUGUC